GACGCGGCGCGGGCUAUGUCAGUCUGUGCGGUGGAGAACGGGGCGCUGUAGCUCAGGCUUCUUCCGCUGGAUUGGCUGCGAGAGAAGCUUUAGUCAUGUCGUCUCUGAUCCGAAAAGUGAUCAGCUCCGCGAAAGGCCCCAAACCCGUUGGUCCCUACAGUCAUGCUGUGUUAGUCGACCGGACCCUGUACAUUUCAGGACAGGUAGGCAUGGACCCUUCAAGUGGAAAGCUUGUACCAGGAGGAGUUGUGGAAGAAACUAAACAAGCUCUUACAAACAUGGGUGAAAUUCUGAAAGCUGCAGGCUGUGACUUCACCAAUGUGGUAAAAACAACUGUCUUGCUGGCUGAUAUAAAUGACUUCAGUACUGUCAAUGAAAUCUACAAACAAUUUUUCAAGAGUGACUUUCCAGCUCGAGCUGCUUACCAGGUUGCUGCCUUACCCGUAGGAGCCCGUGUUGAAAUUGAAGCCAUAGCCGUCAAAGGGCCUCUCACUACAGCUUCGCUAUAAGUGGCCUCAGUGUGCUUUACUCAGAGGUUUUCAUCAUAUCUUUAACAUAUUAAUUUUCACAAGUGGAUGUCAGGAAGUGUAACUAAAAUAUCUGUUUAUUGCAGAAAUGCCAUUAUCAUAGGAAAGAUUAGAUGAUGAAGUUACUGAUGCUAUAAAUUACACUUUUCUGUACUCAUAUGGCUAAUUACACAUAUACAGAGAGACACUAAUUACAUAGUUAUUCAUGUAACUAAAAAUAAAAGAAAAGAUGUUAUUCACUUAAUGAUAUGAAAUAUGCAUGUUAGAUAUUUGGUGAGUAAAAUUAAAGUACUCAAACUUGAAUGGUACAGGUAAAGGAGAAGGAAGUGGAUCAAAAUUUUAUAUGAGUAAUAUUUUUCUAAUGGAAAUAAAUAAGCAUGUAAUCUCC